CCCUCUUCGUUCAUCCCCGCCAUUCCACUAAUCCCAUAUCCACACUCGUACAUCUCGUCAUUAUCGUACAGCGAACAUGGCCGACGAGGCUAAACCAACCUCUCUGGAUGACCGUGUCUCCUUCGAUCCUCCUGCCAAACCUUCCACCGAACCGUCCACCGAGCCUCCGACCGCUUCAACCGAGACCAAAGACGACACGAAAUCAGACCUUGGCGAGUCACAGGCAGAUGGCGCAAGCGCCGCGAAUAAUGGCUCCGGCCUCAAUGAACCGGAAUUCGACGUGGACGUCAAGCUUGCCGAUCUCCAGGCCGAUCCUUCCAACCCUCUCUACUCCGUCAAGUCGUUCGAUGACCUGAGCCUGUAUGCCCCGAAGACAUCCUUAAAGGGAUCUAUGCCAUGAACUUCCGUCGUCCCUCCAAAAUCCAGGAACGCGCUCUUCCGCUCUUGCUGCACAAUCCUCCCGCCAAUCUCAUUGGCCAGUCGCAGUCCGGUACGGGGAAAACGGCGGCCUUUACGCUGAACAUGCUCCAUCGUAUCGAUCGCACGGACCUGUCUCCCCAGGCGUUGGUGCUUGCGCCUAGCCGUGAGCUGGCCCGGCAAAUCGAGGGGGUGGUGAAGCAAAUGGGGAGGUUCAUCGACGAGCUGCGGGUCGCCACGGCAAUUCCCGAUCCAUCCAAGCGUGGAGUCAAGACGGAGGGACAAAUCGUGGUGGGAACACCCGGCACGGUUAUGGAUCAGAUUCGAAGGCGACAGCUGGAUGCGAGGAAGAUCAAGAUUCUCGUCCUGGACGAGGCAGACAACAUGCUUGACCAGCAAGGGAUGGGAGAUCAAUGCAAGCGGGUGAAGAAUCUCCUCCCCAAAGAGUUGCAAGUGGUACUUUUCUCGGCCACAUUUCCCACCGAGGUCAUCCACUACGCCAAUAUCUUUGCACCCAAAUCGAACCUGUUGACCCUAAAGCAAGAGGAGUUGAAUGUCGAAGGCAUCAAGCAGUUCUAUUUCGACUGCAAUGGUGACGAGGAUAAAUAUCGUAUUCUCCUCCAGUUCUACGGUCUUAUGACCAUCGCGUCCUCCAUUAUUUUCGUCAAGCGACGUGACACUGCCGCGGAGAUUCAACGUCGCAUGGAAGCGGAUGGGCAUCAAGUGGCUCAGCUGUCAGGUGCCUUAGAAGGACCCGAGCGCGAUGUCAUCAUCGACAAGUUCCGAUCGGGGGCCGCCAAGGUCCUCAUCACGACCAAUGUCCUUGCCCGUGGAAUUGACGUCCAGUCCGUCACCAUGGUCAUCAACUACGACAUUCCCGAAUCAAAAGGGGGCCGGGCUGAUCCUGAGACGUAUCUCCACCGCAUCGGUCGCACCGGUCGGUUUGGCCGCGUCGGUGUCGCCAUCAGCUUCGUGCAUGACCGAUCAUCGUGGCAACAGCUGCAGGACAUCCAGGCACACUUCGGGAUCGUACUCGUUACCCUUCCCACCGACGACUGGGAUGUGGUUGAGGAGAAGGUGAAGAGGGUGAUCAAGAGCAGCCGCGCGGGCAAAUCGACGAAAGAAAUGAUGGAUUGAAAUCGGGGAAUGUGAACAUGAUGACAACCUGUCAUUGGUCGGACAAUGCAUUAUCAUUCUGGGAGGUGGCCAUGGUCAGACCGGAUUGAAUCAAAAGGGCGCUCUAAAGGAGUUCCAGACGAUGUUCAAAAAGUCUUCAUGGCUAUCAUACGUUGUUGGAGGGGGUCUGUGGUUGGAUGGGAUGAUGCAUAAAAUCAAUGGCUGUAAGGGCUAUUGCUGAGCGGCUUCGGACGAUUGUAGAAGAAUACACCACGAGCUGCUAUAGACCCCAAGAUUGGAUCGGCUCCCAAAUGAAAACCUGCAAAACGUCAGGUUCCUACCGUCU